GCUCUAGAGGAAAACUUGUGGACUGCAAGCGGAAAGGUGUUCAGAAGGCCGUCAUCUCUUCCAGAGUUUAGUGUCUUUUCAACUGAGAAGAAUCCUAUUCAGCACGCUUCUCCUCCUGAGGUGGUUCAUACUGAGCAAGAGAAUCCUGCCAGCUACAAGGACAGAUGGGGAAUAGCAAGAGCCACCCGGGGCAGAGUUUCUCCUCGCGGUUUCUUCCUGAGGAGCAGGCCGAGAUUGACAGAUUGUUUGAUUCUCUGUCGUCAGAGGAACUCGGCUCCAGUACCUCGCCCAGAUCCUUCUCUCUGCAGGCACUGAAGAGCCACGUGGGGGAAGCUCUUCCCGCAGAGAUGGUCACCAGGCUGUUUGAGGGCAUGCAGAGGGUGGACGUGACCGGGAAGACCAAGGGGCCCAGUGAGCGCAUCUCCCAGGAGCAGUUCACAGUGUCCAUGUCCCACCUUUUGAAAGGAAAUGCCGAGGAGAAGAGUCUCGUGAUCUGGAAAAUGAUUUCUGCCACAGAAGGUCCCGUGAAAGCAAGAGAGGUCCAAAAGUUUACAGAGGAUCUGGUUGGCUCUGUGGCACACGUGCUAAACUACAGACAGGAGCUGAGAGGCUGGACUCAGAAGCAAGCCCCAGGUUCCCUUUCCAGGGUGCAGGUGCUGGCUGCUCAGCUGUGCUCCGAGAUGAAGCUUCAAGACGGUGAGAAGCUUCUGGGGCCUCAGCGGCUAGACUGUGACCGAACCACGGUUGAGGACUGGGUGUUCAGGGCCCCCCUCGUGGCCACGUUCCUGAGCGUGGUCAUCCAGCAAGGCUUUCGCCUCCUGUGCUCGUCCCUCGAUCUGGCCACCCUGGUGCCCGAGCGCCAAGUCGACCAGGAGCGGGAGUUUGCGAGCGUCCUGGAUGUCCUGUCCGUCAUCUACAUCAACUGCCACCUGCCCAGGGAGCAGCGGCACCGCUGGCGCCUGCUCUUCUCAUCCGAGCUCCACGGGCACAGCUUCGCCCAGCUCUGUGGGUGCAUCGCACACUGGGGGCCCUGCGUGGUGCUGCUCGAGGACCGUGACGGCCACGUGUUCGGUGGCUUUGCUUCCUGCUCCUGGGAGGUCAAACCUCAGUUUCAAGGGGAUGACAGGUGCUUCCUGUUCUCCAUCUCCCCCCGCAUGGCCGUGUACACCUGCACGGGCUACAACGACCACUACAUGUACCUGAAUCAAGGGCAGCAGACCAUCCCGAAUGGACUGGGCAUGGGAGGGCAGCACAAUUAUUUUGGCCUGUGGAUCGAUGUCGAUUUCGGGAAAGGACACAGCAAGGCCAAGCCCACGUGCACCACAUACAACAGCCCUCAGCUCUCAGCCCAGGAGGACUUCCGGUUCGAGAAGAUGGAGGUGUGGGCGGUAGGAGAUGCUUCGGUGACACAGCUGGCCAAGAACACUAAGAGCGUUCUGGACGUGGACCCCGCGGCCCGGGCCCUGCUGGAAGUCAGUGGGCGGAUUCGCCACAGCGAAGGGCUCCGGGAGGUGCCUGAUGACCAGUGAGGAGGAGCCCCCAGCACGGGCCUUCCUGGAGCUGGAGCAUGGCCUGCAGACUGUGCUUUACUUUAGCCCAGAGCGUGCUGGUCACGUCUAGGUGGUCCUGGAGGUGCCUAAUUGAAACAGAGUACACGUCCUCUGAUGCCGUAUGUCGAUUGCUGGGUGUGUCUCCCCCGAAAUCCUGAGUGUCCAAUUACCAACUCGAUUCUUAGACUUUGCUCGUUUUGUACAGAUGAAAUCCAAAGACGAUGCUGAGAUGUUUGAGGCCGGCUGGAAUUAGCAGUGGUUGGAGAUUUGAGUUCUUGCUGUGGGGGCGGGGGGGGGGUCCACUCACUGAGGGUCACUUGGCCUCUGCUCAGGCCUCCCAGUUAAAAGCCUCGAUGUCCCAUUUCGACUGGUAAAGGGCAUAGGUGCUCGGAUGGGGAUCUCGACGCUUUGGGGAACAGCUUCCUCUGACGUGGAAUUUCUGUAUUUUGGGGGGAAAAAAAAAAAGCACAAGAGUGUACUAAUGGGGGUAAUAGUUGGAGAUUUUGAAGACAACAGUGACACGGGUCUUCAGUAAGGUUCAGUAUCUGCCUUUCUCAGCUGUUUUUAACGCAUUACUGACCAGAGGCGUAUUAAUACGUCUUUUGUUACCCAAACAUCAUUGACCGGAGACGUUUCAGUAUUCAUUUACAUAACAAAUCGCCAUCCACAGGCGUUAGUUUCUGCAAAAAUCCCCCGGUCAGUGAUGAGUUAAGUGAAUCUCUGCUAUGAGCAAAUGGGAAAACCAGGAGGUCUACAGAGAAGCAAAGUUGUGGUUCUCUUACUAAUUUAAACGUGGGGACAUUCGGGGCCCUGAGGCUAAGAGUCCUGUUAAAACACGUAUGGCCUGUCGCAGGAAUUAGUGGUGAGUAACUUGAGAGGACUGGCCCGGGCUCCUGACCUCCCAGCAUCAC